GUCCUCUUGAAGCAACUUUUAUUGAAGAAACCUUGGAUUAGAAGCAGAAGUUCCGUUGGAUACCUCAAGGAUUUACGGUGCAGUAGCUGCUGAAGCCGAACAAAGAAGAUUUGAAGGCCAUCUUUGUGCGGUUGGGAAAUCGAUUAAUUUGAAUUCUCGCAUCAAAUCGAAGAAACUUCCAUCUACGAAAAUGUGCGACCCGUGCUGCUCCCCGUGCGAUCCCUGCUAUCCCUGUUAUCCUUGCGGUCCCUGUCCUGCUCCGUGCGCUCCGGGUAGCAUCUGCGAUCCGUGCGUCCCAAAGACCUACGCAGCUCAUGAUUUGAACUGCAUGCCUCAGUGCCCCUCUAUCUGUCCUCCGGCACAAUGUGGUCCACGGUUCAUCACUGUCCAGCAACCUCCGCGGGUUGUAGCCCAGCGAAAGAUGAUCAACUGCUGCCGUACCGUCGUGGAUAAGCAUGUCGUCCCUCGCACCAAAACUAUAGUGGAACCUAAGAUCAUCUACCAGCCACGUUGCUACGUCGAACCGUGCAUCAUCUACCGGAAGCGGGUCGUCCCCGAUCCCAAGAUCAUCUACUACAAACGUAUCGUUCCGGAUCCGAAGAUCGUCUGUACACCACGGACCAUCGUGGAACCCAAGGAGAUCUGCACUACCAUGGUGUGCCAACCAAAGCCGCAAACCGUGCAAAUUCCACCACCACCGCAGUAUUGCUGCAUACCGGCGGGCACCGGAUUCACCAAGUCACCGGCCUGCUCCCCGUGCGACCCGGUCUGUCGGCCCAGGCGAUGCUAGGUGCCAACACUAGGGAACAGCGUGAGCAAAGGUCCCCGCUCGGGGUUGCAAGAGUCGUGAGCUACGGGGAGGACUCCUCAUUGCCAACUGUGAAUGUCUAAAACGGAACGGUCUCCAGCAC